CAAAUUUUCUGUUUUUGGAAAAAAAAUAACCACCUCAGAGGCUGUUUUUUGACCCUUCUAAGGUAGCUAUGUCUUUGAUUACCCGACGGUUCAGAAAUCUUUAGAUUCACCCAUGCACCUGUAUGAAAAUAUACAACUAACUUCUCCAACCCUUUACUGAUUUUAUUCAAAGUAUACUGAAUUUUGUUUAUUAUUUUUUGUUGAUUUUUAUCAAAUGAACAAACCUCUAGCUGUUUUAAACUACGAAUCAUUCCCUCAUUUUCCAAAUGGUACGAAUUUUUGACCUCUGUCACCUUAACAACAUUAGUUGUAAGAAUGAUGUUUUUCUCACAAUCCAUAAGCGAAUAAGUACCAAAAGUAGCAGAAUGGCCAGGGCUGUCACAUCGGGCAUCUCCAGCGAGGGUCAGGUUAAUCUUGGUGCUGUAAUCUGAAAGCAUACAAGAUAGUGUUAAUAAUACAGUAAUGGUUAUUUUUUUUUCGUCUGCUUUAAAAGUGUUAUGUCAAGUGCCAUUAAUUAAUUAAUUAAUUGGUGGUGGUAUGUACUACUACAGUUAAUGUACUGUAAUCUGUAUUUGUGGUUUGUGUUGCUUUCUGAUACUCCCUUCCCAAGAUAUAGCUAAUUUAUCAGUGUUAGAUCUAUGAUCUAAUAAGAAUCAUGGUUGUGAAGAACAUUUCAGCCACAAAACACCACAAAAAAUUAAUACAAUACCUUUAAGAAUUUCUUGUUGAUGAAAUUCCCACAUCUGAUUAACGGAAGGCAGCAAAAACUGAUGCUGCCAAAAGAAGAUUCCCCACUGCCAUCUUUUUUAGCACUGGCUGGGACCUCCAUGUGAAAUCAUGGUUAUUCAGGCAUGUCCCUUUAAUUAUUAGUAAGCUACCAAUUGCCUGUUGUUUAAUUUCAGCUACUGGGGCCGUACAGGUUGGAUCCCCCUGACAUGAUUGAAAUAAUUCCAAAAGAUUUUCAUUAAAAACAAUGUAUUUCGAAUCUGGGGGAAAGGUUAUGCUGCUGCUGUCUGAAUUGUCACUACUACAGCUACUACUUUCCUCACUUUCUGAUGAGCUCAAUUUGUAUGAAUAAUCAUCUUGGUCUUCACCUGGUGAAAUGCAAUCAAAAGAUGAUUCUUCGCAUUUCUCUGGAGUAACAGUUAGCCUCGGUUUGCAGCAGGGAGCAGAACAUGUCGGUGCUAUACCAUUACAGCAGGGAGAAGGGCAUGCAAAGGUGAUGGGAUCAGUUUGUGUUGAUCUUGAUGAUGUGGUUUUUUCUUCUGUCUCCAUUGCAGGCUGUUCAUAGUUUUGCUGCUGCGCACGUUCUCUUUGCUCAGCAAUAAUUUCAGAAUCUAUAUCUUUAUGAAUCUAAAAAAAAAAAAAAAAAUAGACCUAUUUAUUGAUUGUAUACAGUAUGUGCAAUGAAUGUGGGUACAUCUAGAAAAAAAAUCUAUAGAUAAAAAUUAAAUAAAUGCAAAUUUAAAAAAAAAAAAAUAAUAGUAAAUUAACAAAAUCCUGUGUUGCAUGCUGAUAGGACUUACCACAACGAAGAUAAUAUUAAUAAUGAUGAUCAUUUAUAAUACAUUAUUAUAAAAAUAACAGCAAUAGUCGUAAAUAAAAUUCACAACACCAUUUAGAAUAGAAGAAUGUUGAAAAUGAUAAUAUCCUAAGCAGGUCCUACAUAUGUAGCAAUAAUUACAGGUCUAUAUUUAUUUUAUAUUUCAUUAUUUAUCAAGACUAAUGCCUUCACAAUAGUAACAUAGUAAUGGCUAAAACUGUACACAGCAAAAUAAUAAACUUUCCUACAGACUAGGCCUAGGCUAAUACUAGUGUAGUGGUAGUAAACACUCCACAAACGAGUGACACAGAUUUUAUUUACUUAGCCCAGCAUCCCUCAGACAUCGAUAUGUGUAUAGGUAUGUUUAUACUAUCAUGAUUUGGUCAUUCGGAAAAAAUUAAGGUAAAUCUUUAGGAUCGAUUGUUUUUUCUUUAUUUUUUCCGAAUGACCAAAUCAUGAGAGUGUUGUUCGUUUUUCCCUUGCUUCCAAUCGAGAUUUUCUACUUUGGACUGGCGCUCCAGUGAACAUAGGCCUAGCCCUACUACAACGUUGGAACGGCAUCGUCCUUCAAGAUGAAUCGUGCCUUUGAUCCUAAAAGCUCUGCUUUUAAGUCUCUCACAUAGCAGUCCUUUUCGAAAUGGUCGCUACAUACCCUGCUGAACUUAUUUACUGGCGGAGAUUUCAGUUGCAUUGCAUUCAGCCAUUUUCGCAGCGUGUCUUUGUUUCGUAGGGGCAAAGAAUGAAAAUGUAUGCCCUUGUUCUUUUUGUAACCUUUGUUUGUACACCCUGGUGCCAUACAAAAAUACGGCAUUAUUGAGCGUGAUAAUACUCUAGGAUACUAGUGAAGACGAAUAUAAUUAAAAUAUUUCACAACCCGAACAAGUACAAGAAAGAAUUCGUUAACUACAAAAUAUACGUAUCUAAACAGCAUGUAAACACUAUAGGUCGCUCAGUGGGGAUUCCUCGCUCGCUAGGUUUGGACCUUAGGUGACGUCAUAAAUAUUUUGUCCAAUCAGAAGCUUUCUUUUAGUCAUUGCGUUUAAUUAGGUAAUUAAUUAAUGAGACCUCAUUAAACAUCGAACACUGGUUGUAAAAUUUUAUAUUACAUAUCUUCACAAUAUAUAACUGUAAAAUUCACGAUUCUGGUCACCUUUAAUACAAGGAGGUAAUGUGAAAUGAUUAAGAGUAAACUUCAAACUACUUUUAUCAAUUAAUAUAUAUCUGCUGACAUUCUUUAAAAGACCGUAAAAUGCCACCACUUCACUACUAACCUCAACGAGCAACGAACCUCUGCUGUCAAAUGAAAUUGGAAUACUGUAUUGUACCUUAUAUACGACGACGUAUGCAAAAUAGGCUUCAAAUUGGACUUCAGCCAUCGUCUUUUUUUGAUUGGACGUUCAAUUUUCAUUUUCCCGCCAAAAGAUUUUCUCUCUGUGCGGACCGAUAAGUAAGCACUCACUGUGCUGUGAUUGGUUGAAACCAAACUCGUAUACCGUAGCACUGUAGCAGGUGUCUCAGCAAGAUUGAUAUUGAAGAUCUGAUACUGAACUUGAAGCAUUUUAAAUAAUUAUAAAUUACUGUAUUUAUAAUUAUACAUGUAAUCAACCAGACCUCAUUAAUGAUUGUCAUUAUUUAAAAAUAUACAAUAUGAGACCUGCCACCACGAAAUGAGAGUAAAGUCGCACGACGUAUAUUUGAGCUAAGUGCCAAAAUACAUAAAAACCUCAUCCAUGGUCGAAAUUUUGUUUUCAGUCAAAACAGCUUUUAAAAGUAUUUAUUUAUAACAUACCGAAGUUUCCCGGCGAAAAAAUCAUCGGAAGCAAGACAAUUUCGUGAUUUUUCAUAGACCAUUAUUUGGAAAUCUGUCGGUUUCUUACAUGUUCGAACACAAAAUCCUUCAAAAACGAGCAUUUUCAAGCCGCUCGUGCAUCCUUUCUUUUCGUCUUUGACCCCUAGUGUUUGAUAUCGUUGGAAAGGUCACUUGUUCACGAACAUUCUGACAGAAUUUUUAAUCGAAUACAACUACAGAAUCAACCAAUUAAAUCCAUUUUCUCAGAAGGGUUUGGUUACUAAGGAGUACAACCAAUGAACACUGAAGCGGUCUCCUCAUUGGCCAAACCCUACUAUGACGCACUUCGAUAUACUACGCAUGCUCAGUUUCAAUGAUUUUGCUUCUCGCGCAUGCUCAAUUUCAAUGUUUGGCUUCUCGCGCAUGCUCUGUUCCAUUGUUUACGCGUUUCGUUCCAUGCGGAAUUCCAUUGCGAAUUGCAGUUCGGAGUGUGUUCAUUGAAAGAAUCUUGUGUUUUUGAGAAUAUUUUCCUAAUAUUGGGUGAUCAUUUUAAAUUUUCACGUUAUUUCGUUGGUACAUUAUUUUAUCGCUUUGCUAUUUGUGGCAAUGACUACCUCGAAAGAUGUAGCGGAAGCUCUAAAUAGAGGUUUACUGCUAGGCCUAGGAGUUUCUAAUGAAGAUGAAACUGUCCUGAGAAACAUGGUCGCGGAAUACUUUUCCCCUGACAAUCCCGAGGAGGAGAUGAGUGAUUUGGAAGACAUUGACGAUGAAGAAGAGGGGUCAGAAGAAGAAAUAGAAGUAGGCCCGAGCAUAGACCGAGAUCAUGAUUUUCAUGAAGACGUCAGUUUUGACGAUCCAGCUAUUGUUGUCGACCCAGCAAAAGAAGUUGCUCAAAGGAUUGCAGAUGAUGAAAAAGAAGACUGGGGUGGUAAACAAAAUGCUGAUGAGUUUGAUGCUGUUGAAAAUUAUAAUCAUUGUCAAUGUGGUGAAUCUUCCUGCCUUAGUAAAUUUGAUGCCAAGUUCAUCCUCAACAGAAGAUCAGAAAUGGACGAGUUGACAAAGGGAGAGAAAAAGAUGUUUUUGCUAGGACUUAUAAGUCAUUCGUUAAACUGCUCCUCCACAACUGAAUGCUCAAAACGCUCAACACAAAAACAACGCACCCGAUCAAGGACCGUUUACAGAGUAGAAGGCAAACAUUUAUGCAGAAAUGGAUUUAUGUUUAUGCAUCGCAUAAGCAACAACUAUCUAAACCUACUGACCAAACAUUAUAAAUCAAAUGGUGUAUGUCUCCCAAAACCAAAGACUGGCGGCCGUAGAUUUAACAAGACUGCAUUGUCUACAGAGGAUAUAACUCGAAUUGUAACGUUUAUUACAAGUUAUGGUGAGUUACAUGGCCUCCCUCUACCUGGACGUCAAAGCAGAGUGAACACCAAUGAUCCACGAACACGUUUGCUGCCGUCAUCUGAAAACAAAUCCACAGUUUUCAGAAAGUAUGAAAAAGAAAUGGAAGAAGUGAAUCGGCGAAAAACAGCUGCUGGACAACCCUUGCUGAGAAUUGCCAGGAGGUCAACAUUCAAUAAACUUUGGCUUACGUAUGCCCCUAGAUUGGGACCUAUUGAACCAUGUUCGAAGAACUACACAAUGCAUUACUCCUUUGAUUUCGCCCAGCAGGUCGCAUUUCCUUUUGACCCACAACAGCCAGGUCCCAUUUACUUUUUAUGUACAAGGAAGUGUGGUAUAUUUGGAGUUGCCUGCGAAGCUGUACCACAACAAGUUAACUACUUGAUAGAUGAGGGUAUGCUGCUAUCGAAGGGAUCGUCAGCCGUAAUCUCCUACUUACACGAUUUCUUCAUUUCAAACGGGUUAGGAGAAAAAGUGGUGCAGUUGAACUGCGACAACUGCUCAGGCCAAAACAAAAAUCGAUACAUGUUGUGGUACUUAGCUUGGCGCACAAUUCACAAACUUCACGAAAAGAUCCACCUGAAUUUCUUGAUAGCAGGACAUACUAAAUUUUCCCCUGACGCUGGCUUUGGCCUGAUUAAACAGAAAUACCGGAACAAUGUGGUUGGGUGCCUUGAUGACAUGGCAAACGUAGUGAAUAAUAGCAGCACCACAGGAAUGAACAAAGCAAGGAUCGUUGGAAGCGAGUCGGGUGAGGUAUUUGUGCAGCAGCACAACUGGGGUGAUUAUCUUGAGCCCUAUUUCAGGCCGUUGAAUGGCAUAAAGAAGCUCCACCAUAUGAGAUUCGACAAAGACUAUCCUGGAAUGGUAUAUUACAAAGAAUUUUGUGACUCUCCUGAAAAAAGCUUUCAAUUGAUGAAAGAUAUCAAUAAUCCUCCUCCAUCUCAACUUCCCCAGCCAAUUAAACCACCGGGAUUAAGUAGUGAACGGCAGCUCUAUUUAUACAAUAGCAUCAGAGAGUUUUGCCCGUACAAAGUGCGUGAUGUUAUCUGUCCUGCUCCACAAGUCCAGCGGGAACCUCUAGCUGAAGUUGAAGUAAAUGUACAGCCACAGACAUCAACUAAAAGGAAAGCGGUACAGGGAAAAACAAAUGGAAAGAGAAAGAAAUAAAUGAGAACUGCAUCCCUUCUUCAUUCAGAGCAGCUGUUGAGAUUAUAAAAAAAUGUAAUAUAAUACUUGUUGCAUAAGAAAAUUUCAAAUGACUCAUAAAUUUAUAUUCUUUUUUUCUUUUAGCUAUACAAUGUUGUGCUCUUCAUUGUACAUUAAUAUUUAAUAUAAACCUAUUUUAAUACAAUAAUUAUUGUAAAAGUUUAGUGGCUGUGUCGUUUUACUGUCUAUUUGUCUGCUUAAUAAUACUGAUUUUGUUUGAUAGAUUAUUAUUUUUGCACAAUACAUAAUAUCGUGUUAAUAUUUAGAAUUUUUAAUCUGAAAUCUUAGAUAAAUAAUAAAAAAUGAUAUUGUAGUACUUGAGGAUAAUUGUUCUUGAAUCUUCUUUACUUACUAAAAUAGAGAAUGCCUAUCUUUCAAUGUCCGUGCAGUGCAAGAAUACUGGUGUAGUAAUUGCAUUUUCUUGUAAUCGCGUUACAUAAUUUGGUUAGUUUUUUGUCAAUUUUUAAAGUAAUUUUAUUAAUGGAAGUUGUUAAUAAAAAAACCUGAUAUUUUGUA